ACCCGCCUUCUUUACCAGACCGGAUUCUCUCUCUUACUCCUUCUCAAUCUCUUUCUCAGUCUUUCAUCACUCGUCAAUCUUUCUCUUUCGUCUUCGCACUGUUUCUAGGGUUUUACGCCAAUCUAUGCCAUGAGCAUGAACAAUUCCAUGGGUUCGUUUAGGCCGUCAAGGCCACCGGAGAACCACCGAAGAUGCCAUCCUCCCUCGACGUUUCAUUCGUUGCCAAAUAGAAGACAUCAAUUUCCGGCGAAUCACCGGCUUCAUCGACCUGUGGCACCAACUGUUACCCGUCUUACACCGGUGGCUCGUUCCAAUUUUGUUGUCGACAUCCUUCGUGAUCAAACCACCACCGGUUCGGUUACCGAAGUCCAGGCCCUGGUUGAUCAAUGCCUGUCAAAGCCGGAGAGUAUCAAGGUAUACCAGUCUGGAGGGCUCGUGGCGUCUCUGUUCUUCCGUAAGUGGGUGGACGCGCUCGAAGUCGUGGUUUUUUUGUGGAAAUCGCGUCUCGAUGGGGCUCACCGGUUGAUGCCCAAACUCAAUACUGGUGAAAUCGUGCCGUCUGCGCGACAGGAACUUGAAGACCGGCUCCGGGCCGUGUUCGCCGAGAGCAUUGGCAAGUUAAUUGAUGGCGACAAGGUGAAACAUUGGAGUGAGAAGCGUGAUCAUCUGUCGAUUGAGAUUAAUAAGUCGACAGGGUUUCUUCGAAAGCCGAGGGGUUUAAUCGCAUUGGAUGAGCUACGUGAAAAGAAGAAAAGACUUAUCCUUGAGAUGGAAUUGGUGGAUAAGAGGCUGAAAGAAUUCAAGUCUGCCAUGAGAUGUAUGCUUGCUUAUCUUGAAGGGAAGGGGUUGAAGGAGUAUAAUAAGGAUGACAUACAAGUGCUUAGGCUUGAUGGGGGUUUCAAUUGGAGUCAGAUUCAUAGCUUGAUGUUACGAGAGUGCAAGCGCCUCGAAGAUGGUUUGCCCAUUUACGCCUAUAGGCAGGGAAUACUCCACCAUAUUCAUAGCCAACAGAUAAUGGUCUUGAUUGGAGAAACUGGUUCUGGAAAAAGUACACAGCUGGUGCAAUUUCUUGCUGAUUCAGGAAUUACUGCUGAUGAGGCCAUUGUUUGUACUCAGCCCCGUAAAAUUGCUGCCACGUCGCUGGCAAGUAGGGUUAGGGAAGAAAGUGGUGGUUGUUAUGGAGAUCAGUCAAUCACUUGUUACCCAUCAUUUUCAUCUGAUCAGCAGUUUAACUCUAAGGUAAUAUUCACGACGGACCACUGUCUACUGCAGCACUACAUGCUAGAUAAGAACAUGUCUAAGAUUUCUUGCCUCAUUGUCGAUGAGGCUCAUGAAAGGAGUUUAAACACUGAUCUCCUUUUGUCAUUGGUAAAAAGUCUACUUUGUAGGAGGCGUAAUCUGAGACUUAUUAUAAUGUCUGCAACAGUUGAUGCACACCAGCUCUCCAAUUACUUUUUUGGUUGUAGAAUUUUUCAUGUUGUGGGGAGAAACUUUCCAGUCGAUAUCACAUAUAUACCCUGUACAACAGGAGCAUAUGUGUCUGAUGUAGUGAGGAUGGCAACGGAGAUACACAAAACAGAGAAAGAAGGGGCCAUUCUUGCUUUUUUGACUUCUCAGAGUGAAGUAGAGCUGGCAUGUGAGAAGUUUGUAGCUCCUAAUGCCGUGGCCUUACCAUUACAUGGAAAACUUUCUUUUGAGGAGCAGUUUUAUGUUUUCCAGAACUAUCCUGGGAAAAGAAAAAUAAUUUUCUCUACAAAUCUGGCUGAGACAUCACUGACAAUUCCUGGGGUCAAGUAUGUAAUUGAUUGUGGGAUGGUCAAAGAAAGUAAGUUUGAACCUGGCAGUGGCAUGAAUGUCCUUAGAGUAUGCCGGAUCAGUCAGAGUUCUGCUAAUCAACGAGCUGGCCGAGCUGGAAGAACGGAGCCUGGAAGGUGUUAUAGACUUUAUUCAGAAUCUGAUUUCAAGUCAAUGCCUCCUUGUCAGGAACCUGAGAUUCGGAGAGUUCAUCUUGGUGUUGCUGUUUUGAGAAUCUUUGCUUUGGGCAUUAAGAAUGUGCAGGAUUUUGAUUUUGUUGAUGCACCUAGUGCUGAAGCAAUUGAAAUGGCUGUAAGGAAUUUAAUUCAGUUAAGUGCUAUCAAACGAAGCAAUGACAAUUUUGAAUUAACGGAUGAAGGUCGGUGCUUAGUGAAAAUGGGAAUUGAACCUCGGCUUGGUAAACUGAUACUCGGUUGCUUCAGUAAUCGUUUGGGUAGAGAGGGAAUUGUACUUGCUGCUGUAAUGGCAAAUUCUAGUAGCAUAUUUUGCAGAGUUGGAACUGAUGAGGAAAAAAUGAAGUCUGAUUGCAUCAAGGUAAAGUUUUGCCAUCAGGAUGGUGACCUCUUUACUCUACUCUCUGUGUACAAGGAGUGGGAGGCUGUACCGAGAGACAAGAAAAACCAGUGGUGUUGGGAGAACAGCAUCAAUGCCAAGACCAUGCGAAGAUGCUACGACACUGUUGUGGAGUUGGAAAGUUGCCUUGAACGCGAACUAACUUCAAUCAUUCCUAGUUAUUGGCGUUGGAAUCCUCGCAAGUCAACAGAUUCUGAUAUGUAUUUGAAAAAGGUUAUACUCUCUUCUCUAUCAGAAAAUGUAGCUAUGUACUCUGGAAAUGAUCAACUUGGUUAUGAAGUGGCAUUAACUGGACAACAUGUUCUGCUGCAUCCAUCAUGUUCGUUGCUUGUGUACGGUCAGAAGCCCAAUUGGGUAGUUUUUAGUGAGAUACUAUCCAGUACUUGUCAAUAUUUAGUCUGUGUCACCUCCUUUGAUUUUGACUCUUUGUCCACUCUUCACCCCCCUCCCUUGUUUGAUGCAUCUAAAAUAAUGAAUCGGAAAUUGCAAGUGAAGGUAUUGAAUGGUUUUGGUGGUACUUUGCUUAAAAAAUUUUGUGGAAAGGGAAAUAGUAAUAUGCUUUCUCUUGUAGCACGUAUUCGGGAAACAUGCAUGGAUGAACGUAUUGGUAUUAAAGUCAAUGUUGACCAAAAUGAAAUUUCGGUAUUUGCUACUACACAAGACAUGGAAAGGGUUCUCAACUUUGUAAAGGGUUUCCUGGAGUGUGAGCAGAAAUGGAUGCAUUAUGAAUGUUUGGAGAAAUGCUUAUAUCGUGGAUCUGGUGUGCCAUCUGUAGCACUGUUUGGAGCCGGUGCUGAGAUUAAGCAUUUAGAACUUCAAAAAAGAUGUUUAGAUGUUGAUAUAUAUCAUUCAAAUGUCAGUUCCUUAAAUCCAAUAGAGGAGAAGGAACUUUUGAUGUUUAUUGAGAAGUUUACCUCCAGUACCAUUUGUGCUUUUCACAAGUCCACCCCUUCAGGGCAGGAGGGUGAUGACAAAGAAAAGUUGGGGCAGAUAACAUUUCCUUCACCUGAAGCAGCUCUAAAAGCUAUCGAACUGAAUCAAAUUAAAUUUGGUGGCGCCCUACUCAAGGUAACUCCAUCACAGCCAACUUUUGGAGACCACAAGUUUUUUCCUUUCCCCGCUGUUAGAGCUAAGGUAUCUUGGCCUCGUAGGCCCAGUAAGGGGUUCGGAAUUCUUAAAUGUGACCCACAUGAUGUAGAUUCUAUGAUUGAUGAUUUUUAUAAUCUUGAAGUUGGAGGAAAGUAUGUGCGUAGUGAAGCUAGUACAAGGGCAGCAGAUUCUGUAUUGAUUAUUGGGCUUGACAAAAAUUUAUCAGAAAAUGAAAUUCUUGCUGAUUUAAGGCGUCAUACGAGAAGGAGAAUCAUUGAUUUUUUCCUUAUAAGAGGAGAGGCAGUAGAGAAUCCAGCUCCUGAUGUUUGUGGAGAAGCACUUCUAAAGCAAAUUACUCCAUUUAUGUCAAAAAACAACCACCACAGUGCUUAUUGCCGGGUGCAAGUCUUCCCACCCGAACCAAAAGACACUUUUAUGAGAGCACUUGUUAGCUUUGAUGGAAGAUUACAUUUGGAGGCAGCUAAAGCUUUGGAACAAAUAGAUGGUGAAGUAUUGCCUGGAUGUCUCUCGUGGCAAAAGAUGAAGUGCCAGCAGUUAUUUCAUAGCUCUUUAUCAUGCUCAGAGCGUGUCUAUUCUGUAAUCAAGAUGCAAUUGGAUUCAUUGAUUCGAAGCUUUACACAUGUGAAAGGCAUAGAAUGCAGUCUAGAGCGAAAUCCCAACGGUUCUUAUCGGGUAAAGAUAUCUGCCAAUGCUACAAAAACUGUUGCCGAGGUGCGGAGGCGUGUGGAAGAUAUGCUGAAAGGGAAGAUCAUAGACAACAAGACCCUUACUCCAACUGUUUUGCAGCUUAUGUUCUCCAGAGAUGGCAUCAAUCUUAUUCACACUCUGCAAAGGGAGACAGGAACCUACAUUUUCUUUGAUAGGCAUAGCCUUAAUGUACGCAUUUUUGGUUCUCACAGCAAUGUUGCUGUGGCAGAGGAGAAAAUGAUCAACUCCCUUGUUGCUCUCCAUGAAAGCAAGCAACUUCAGAUCAAUCUUCGUGGAAAAGACCUACCUCCAAAUUUGUUGAAAGAAUUGGUCAACAACUUUGGACCAGAUCUCCGUGGGCUUAAAAAGAAGGUACCCGGGGCAGAUUUUACUCUAAAUACUUUUAGGCACACCCUAAGUAUUCACGGAGACAAGGACUUGAAGCCAACGGUGGAGGAGAUAAUUUAUAAGAUUGCACAAAUGAGUUGUGGUUCUGCCGAGAGAUUUGACAAUGAUGUAACUUGCCCUAUCUGCUUGUGUGAUAUCGAGGAUGCUUACCAGCUUGAAGGCUGUGGGCAUAAGUUUUGUUCGCUCUGCUUGGUAGAACAGUUUGAUUCUGCUAUAAAGAACCAAGAUGGUUUCCCAAUUCGCUGUGGACACGAAAGUUGUGGGUCACCCAUUUUGUUGACAGAUCUAAGGUCUCUUUUACCGGGUGAGAAGCUGGAUGAGCUCUUUAGAUCUUCUUUGGGGGCAUUUGUUGCAUCAAGUGGGGGUGUUUACAAGUUUUGCCCAUCUCCUGACUGCCCUGCAAUCUAUCAGGUGGCUGAUCCCGGAACUGCUGGGAAACUAUUUGUCUGUGGUUCUUGUUAUGCCGAGACAUGUACUAGUUGCCAUAUGGAGUAUCAUCCCUACUUGUCCUGUGAGAAGUACCGAGAGUUCAAAGACGACCCGGAUUCAUCUGUGAAGGAAUGGCAGAGCGGAAAAGACAACGUGAAGAACUGCCCCCACUGUGGGCACAUGAUCGAAAAGUGGGAAGGCUGCAACCAUAUAGAGUGCAGGUGUGGAAGACACAUUUGCUGGAACUGCUUAGAGCUUUUCAAUAGCAGCGACGAGUGCUAUAACCAUCUCAGGAAUGUCCACAUGACCAUUAUAUGAGGACGUCGGAGCACUAUUUUUAACAGAGGAUUAAUUCAUCUAAAAUUGAAGUAAUUGUGUCUAUAUUUAAGACGUCUUUCAUAAUAUUUCUGUGUAUAUGGCUGUUUUCAACUAGGUGUCUAUAAGAAGCAAGAGUUCUGCUAAUAGUGUCUGUAAAGUAUUAGUGAUUUGAACAUUUUUAAUCUUUAAUCCACUGCCCCAUGUAGUUCUGUUUGUAUAUAUUAUAUAUAAAGGGCUGAGCUUCCUCGCUA